CUUUUACAGAUGCAGAGAGAAGGCCAAAAAGGUUUACAGAAUUGUAAGGUACUUCUCUUCUAAAACUAUCAGGUGAUUCAUGGCAGGGGACGUGGAAGGUUUCUGUUCCUCAAUCCAUGACUCCAGUGUCUCUGCUGGGUUCAGAGCACUGUAUGAGGAGGGCCUGCUUCUUGAUGUUACUCUGGUUAUUGAAGAUCACCAGUUCCAGGCCCAUAAAGCACUCCUUGCCACCCAGAGUGAUUACUUCAGAAUUAUGUUUACUGCAGACAUGAGGGAACGAGAUCAGGACAAAAUUCAUUUGAAAGGUCUAACAGCUACUGGUUUCAGCCAUGUCCUUCAAUUUAUGUACUAUGGGACUAUAGAACUCAGUAUGAAUACUGUUCAUGAGAUUCUUCAGGCCGCUAUGUAUGUCCAACUUAUAGAAGUGGUGAAGUUUUGUUGCUCUUUCCUAUUAGCAAAAAUCUGCCUGGAAAACUGUGCAGAAAUAAUGAGGCUCUUAGAUGAUUUUGGUGUAAACAUAGAGGGAGUCAGGGAGAAGCUGGAUACUUUUCUUCUGGACAACUUCGUACCACUCAUGUCCAGGCCUGACUUCUUGUCCUAUUUGAGCUUUGAAAAGCUCAUGUCUUAUUUGGAUAAUGAUCAUCUGAGCAGGUUUCCUGAGAUCGAGCUGUAUGAAGCUGUGCAGUCUUGGCUGCGGCAUGAUAGAAGGCGCUGGAGACAUACUGAUACCAUCAUUCAGAACAUCAGAUUUUGUUUGAUGACCCCAUCCAGUGUUUUUGAGAAGGUUAAAACAUCAGAAUUUUAUCGAUACUCCCGACAGCUGCGCUACGAAGUUGACCAGGCACUGAAUUACUUUCAGAACAUUCACCAGCAGCCCCUAUUGGACAUAAAAUCAAGCCGCAUUCGUUCUGCCAAACCUCAAACUACAGUAUUCCGGGGCAUGAUUGGACAUAGCAUGGUAAACAGUAAGAUACUCCUACUGAAGAAGCCACGAGUCUGGUGGGAGCUGGAAGGCCCACAAGUACCUCUACGGCCAGACUGUCUUGCCAUCGUCAAUAACUUUGUGUUCCUGUUAGGUGGGGAAGAACUGGGCCCUGAUGGUGAAUUCCAUGCUUCUUCCAAAGUGUUCAGGUAUGACCCAAGACAAAAUUCUUGGCUGCGGAUGGCAGAUAUGUCUGUACCACGUUCAGAAUUUGCAGUUGGUGUUAUUGGGAAGUUCAUUUAUGCUGUAGCUGGCCGAACCAGAGAUGAGACUUUCUAUUCAACUGAGAGAUAUGACAUUACCAAUGAUAAGUGGGAAUUUGUGGAUCCCUAUCCAGUUAACAAAUACGGACAUGAGGGGACUGUGCUAAACAACAAGUUAUUUAUCACUGGCGGAAUCACCUCAUCUUCAACUUCUAAACAAGUAUGUGUGUUUGACCCCAGCAAAGAAGGAACCAUAGAACAGCGAACCAGGAGAACUCAAGUAGUUACCAAUUGCUGGGAGAACAAGAGCAAGAUGAAUUAUGCCAGAUGCUUUCACAAGAUGAUUUCUUACAAUGGCAAGCUUUAUGUCUUCGGUGGCGUCUGCGUGAUCUUGAGGGCCUCUUUUGAAUCUCAGGGCUGCCCAUCCACAGAAGUAUACAACCCAGAGACUGAUCAGUGGACCAUCUUGGCAUCCAUGCCAAUUGGUAGAAGUGGCCAUGGCGUGACUGUGCUAGAUAAACAAAUAAUGGUUCUUGGAGGCCUUUGCUAUAACGGUCAUUACAGCGAUUCCAUUCUUACUUUUGAUCCGGAUGAAAACAAGUGGAAGGAAGAUGAGUACCCUAGGAUGCCCUGCAAGCUAGACGGUUUACAAGUGUGCAACCUACAUUUCCCGGACUAUGUACUGGAUGAGGUCAGGCGUUGCAACUAAUGAUGUCCAUCUCCCUAAAAGCAAAAGUGAAACGAAGCAUUUGUUUGUGAUACAGUAGUUACUUAAAAACGUAUAAAGAAAAAAAAAACCUCACCAGUUUUACUAUUAAAGCCAUUGGUCUAAUGUAAGAAGUUUUCAUUCUGUGCUAGCAUAUUUUUUUUAAGUUUUCAGUGGCCUCAGACUCAUGCAAUAAGUUAAUUCUAAGCGCUAGCUCUUGAAACUACUUCCAGAAGCAGUUUAAUAGAAUGCUCCACUUAUCUAGGAAGUUGAUUUUCUGCUUUAAACAUUUUUUUCAUAUGUUAGUGUAGGAAUCUUCUAAGAGAAGACCCAAUAAGUGUACUGGAUGUGAUUUCAGUCCCUAUCUGAAACCUUUUUGAACAGUACUUUCAGUGUAUUUCAGUCUGUUACAUGUUUUGGUUUUAUUAUUUAAAAGUUUAAAACUCUUGACUUUUUUGCAUGGCUUUUUGCUGAAAAUGCAAAAAUAUAAAUUUUCUACAAAAUGACCUUUUAUAUUCAGAACACUAUUUCUAAGCUGCCUUCUCUUACCUGCAUUGUGUUAGUGAAAGCAUCUCCAUACUCGCAUCCAUCCUAUAAAUAUAUAAGGUGUGGUUAGGCUUCUAUAUUUUUAAGCUUGUGUACUUGCACUCCGUUUGCCAUACUUGUCGAAUUUUUGUAUGUAAUGUCUUUUCAUGUAUUAACGUUUUUUAGAAAGGUAAAUUAACUGGAGUCCUCAUUUGGUAUCAAAGUAGCCUGUCUUCAAGUCCAUAUUGAUUCAGUAAUAUUUGGACUCCUUAUAUUCCUGAAAUGUAUGGAUUUAUAAAAACUAACAUUUUUAUUUUCUAAAGUUAAAUGUUAAUGUUCUUUGUGGAUGUAUGUCUUUUCUUUCUGAAAAUGUUUUCUCUUUGCAGUCUGUUUAUUGUUGCCCUGUUUUAGUGAGAAAUGGCGUGGUUUAUGACAAGCUCUGACCCUGCAGCGUGCAAGCACUUUUAAAGAGAAGUAGGUAAUACCACACUCCUAAAUAAAGGCCCCUUUAAAGUAAGUGCAACUCCCAUUUUUUUUUUUUUACGUCCAGUCAGGCUGCUGCAUUUGUUAUUGAAUGGAAGGUGGCAACUCUCAGAAAGUUUGAGCUCAGUUUUGACUUAGAGGUAAGAAACUUAAUUACAAUGUUAAUGAUUAUAUCUACUUGUUUAUUUUGUACAAAGUAGUGGCACUAAGGAUGUCAGCUCUCAGCUUUCGUUUAAUUUUCUGGAAGCUACUGGCAUGAAGGUCGAUAGUAAUCACAAAGUUCCUGAUGGAUCAACAUAGCUGUUGAAAAGCAUUUAUAAAUGUUUUAGAAUUAGCUGCACCUUUCAACUCUUUAAAUGCAAAAGAAGAAGUGUAGUUGACAAAAUUAAGCAAGAAUGACUUGGGAGUGGAUGAUUUAAAUUGAUUCUACUUUCUCAUGAGAGGUCUAUCUCUGAUACAGACUAGAUCUACCCUGGCAAAUUUUGCCAGAUCUUAGAAUUUUGGUGCAAUAGUGCAAUGCCUUCUAUAUGGCUGCUGUUGUAUAAAUGUUGUACUUUCACUUUUUUUUUUCUGCUGCCACCACUGAACAUAGAAGCGUGAAGUUGUGGAAAUGUGAAGAUUUUGUCAGUUCAGUUAGACAUAGUAGGACACAAAACCUGAUUUCAAAUCUCCAAAACGGAGGCAUUUAAGUUUAAGAAACAGCCAGGUUACAGAAGUAACUUUUUUGGGUCUAGAAUCCAAGAGCCCAAGUUGCUAUUAUACAGUUGGCAUUGGUUUCAGGAAUUAAGUUAAUAUUAGUGGGGCCUACAUUUUUCAUUUAGCGAUCUUUCAUUCACUUAAAAUUUAUAAAAAUGGAUCAAUAUCUUGUCUUUCUUAUGUUUUCAAAAUAAUAAUCUUUUGAACAGAGAAUUAAAGUUAGCCACGUAAUUCUUUUCAAAUAUAUCAGUUCACUUAGGAUCUUGUAUGUGUGCUCUAUUGUUUUUAAGAAAAUAAUGUCUUCAUUAUUUUCCUUGUUGAUGUCUUUUGUGGGAAAAGUCCAGGAAAGAGCUAUCAGCCACAGUUACUGCAUCAAAGGCUUUACACUCCAGUCGUGGUUCUCUUUAAUUGCUUAGAUAUAAAAAUCUAGCCCUAGUUAGGGUAACAACAUCUGAGCAAAUAAUUGGAUGUUCUUGGUCUCUUGGUCUUCCAUUUUAAAGAUACAAGGCCAAGGUCAGAGUUCAUGUUUCAUAAAAUUCAUGGAAUAUUAACUUGAACUAACUAGGUUCAGCUUCACGUAAGUCAUGUCUGACCUGAUGUUAGCUGUAAUUACUUUUGAGCUUUAAGAAUAGUUGCUGUUUGCUUUGGUUCUGAAUGUAUGAAAAAAACUCUUCGGUUUAUGUGUAGUCAUAAUUUAGUUUAUAAAUCCAUGAUUAACUUACAUUCCCUUUUAAAAGUAUAGUUUUAAUUGCUUCAAGAGAUUUAUUUUUGUUAUACUAAACUAUGGACUUUUUUUCCUAGAUUUUUU